AAAUCGGGUCUAUGGCCAAGGGUAAGAAGAAAAGGCGCCAAGACUGGUUGAAUGGGUGGAAAGUCAUGAGGUCUAAGGUCUGAAAGGAGACCGAGAGGAGACUGGAAUUCUCAGCUAUCCUGGCCCCGGGCUGCUCCUCUAAUCUGUGACUCUCUCAGGCCACACCCAGAGCCGGCACCACCCGCAGUUUUCAGAGCCUAGUUGGAGUUUUCCUGUGAGAGCUGGAGGAACUAGUGUGUGUGAAUGACCCGCUCGCAGGGAUGGAGCCCGGGAGAUCCCAGGGGCGCUCCGGGUACUCUCCGCGCGGGGUGGGGUGUGAGUCGCCCUUGGAUCCCAGCGCCCCGGAUCCGGCGCCGGCGGGGACCAACGGGGAUCUAGCAGCAGCAGGUGGGGAUGUGAGACCGCGGACGCGAGAGAAUUUAGAUUGCCAGUCCUGGGUAAGAGAGAAAGUGCUCUUUCUUCUGCACCCGGAGAGGUGGUUGGGAACACAAACCGACCCUGGUUGCGCAGAGCUGGCGGAAAGCGAGGACCUAUCCCGGACGAUUGGAAACCACUGCCUUUCGGAACCAGAACCGACGCUUUCCCGAAGGCGCAUUGCCACGGUCCCCAGAGCCCAGCCCGGGGACCCCGCAGCCACACCCAGGUCCCUGUUGGUGAGGGUCGUGGAUUACCAGGAGACUCAGGAGGUGCUGCAGACUGCGUGGACCAAGGGUCAUAUGACCACGAGGACCCAGGAGCGCUCUGUGACCGCAGUCACCUUUCGCACCCAGAGUGAGUGACAGUUUGUGGGGCACCGGGGCCCCAGUAGAAUCUGGAUGUGCCACUCAUUGCUAUUCGUCGUCAAGGGACGGAUUCCCGGGGAAGAGUAAACACAUUCCUGAAACUAGAGAAAUGUUUCAGGCCUGUGUUUCGAGAAAAUGCUCGAAGAACCAACUCUCAGCAGCCUUAGAUUUCCGCGGUGGCGUCAGAAUCUUCUCACAGUCGUCUAAGAGAACAAAAGGUGAAGAACAUUUCCCAUUGCACAAGUGUGCCAGGAAGAGCAUCCAAACUUGUCCUCAGUGCUAAGAAAUCUCUCAGAUGACCGGGUCUCGGCUCUUUGACUUAACCUCUACCUCACAGAAAAACAAGUUCAUCUGAAAUUGUCUUUGUUAGAUGAAUUGCAUCUAAGACUCCCAGAGGCCCAUCGGGGCUCAUUGUAACUGGGACAGAUGUCAAAGUCACAUAGCCACAAUGAAUCAGGCUAGUGUCUACCUCUUUUUCUAUUAUUAAUAUGGCUCUUUGACUUAACCUCUACCUCACAGAAAAACAAGUUCAUCUGAAAUUGUCUUUGUUAGAUGAAUUGCAUCUAAGACUCCCAGAGGCCCAUCGGGGCUCAUUGUAACUGGGACAGAUGUCAAAGUCACAUAGCCACAAUGAAUCAGGCUAGUGUCUACCUCUUUUUCUAUUAUUAAUAUGUAUUUUUAAUUUGUUUGAGACAGUAUCUCACUGUGUAACCCAGACUUACUUUGGACUUGGUGUCUAGCCUGUGAUGAUUGAACCUGAGAUCUUCCUCAGCCUCUCACACACUGGGAUGACAGUGUGUGCCAGAAUGUUUGACCGGCACCCCCUCCUUAAGCCCCUUUUCCACACCUGUUAUUGCCUGUGAUAUUUGUUCUAUAUUGUUAUAUUUGUUAUAUAUUGAGGAGCCUUACAAUAUGUUGUCAUAAAAACUCACUGUGACUCUUCUUUUUCCUAAGACUUUUAAAUGUAUUUAUGUAUGUUUGCCUGCACAUUCGUAUGUGUAUAGGGCAUGAACCAGCUGCCCACAGAGAGUAAAAGAAGGUACUAGAUUCCCUAAACUGGAGUAUAGGUGGUUGUGAUUCUCCAUGUAUAUAAUGGAAACUGAGCCAGGGUCUCAGUAAGUACAGAAAGCGUUCCUAACCACUGAACCAUUUGUCCAGUCCCCCAAAUGUCUCUUAACAGAAGAAAGAAUAAGCUUUAUUUUUAAAAUAAAUUGUUGGGGCCCAGUGUGGUAUCAUAAGCCUUUAAUUGCUGUAAUCUAGAGGCCUGGAGGUAGGAGGAUCUCUGGGAUCCUAAGGCCUGUAAUGAAACAAAACAUAAAAAGAAAGGAAAUGAGAAAAUAUUUGCUCAUUUAGAAAACAAUUACAGAAAUAUUAUGGGGCUAGUAAAGAUAGAUUAAAAGACAACCCGUAUCUCUUUUCAUAUUUAGUAUCUCUUAAAUAUGGUUUCAUUUUCAUUUUCUUCCUGUGCAUUCCUUUUUUGUUUGUUUGUAUUUUGAGAUAGGGUUUCUCUGUAUUGCGUUGGAGCCUGUCCUGGAACUAGCUCUGUAGACCAGGCUGGCCUCGAAGAAAUUUUCCUGCCCCUGCCUUCUGAGUGCUGAGUGCUGGGAUUAAAGGCGUAUGCCUUUAAUGUGUAUUCUUAUGCUGACACAAAACACAGUUCUCACCUCAAAGGGAAUAAAAACUAGUUCAUUGUAAAACCAAACACUAGUGACCAUGGCCCAGGAACCCACUAAUUCAGGUUAUGCUCAGACCCAUGUGCCAAUUUAGUUUCAUGACAUUUUUAUACUAUAAGAAUAAUAGAAUACUUCAUGAAUUCACAGGCUCUUAAAAUACACUGGUGGAAACAUCAGGUAGGUGGGUACGGCAAAUUGAGACAUUUCUGUUAUAGGUCUCAGAUGCCAUCUGAUGUCAUUAUCAGCCUUUGGGUGGGUAGAAGCCAAGAGUCUGUACUUUCCAAGAAUGUUAGAUCACACAUAGAGGUGGACUUACAUUAUCCAAGAUAUAUUGGGUUUUGGCCUGCAACAUCCAAGCUCUCUAUAACCAUUUAAGUCAUAAUCAGUUAAUUAAUUAAUUAAUCAGCACUGUAGAACACUUAACUCAAAGCGUGGCUUUCCUGUAUUAGUUUCAGCUACUGUGUAUUGUGUAUCUAUGCAUUUAUUUUAUUGUGAACAUAUGGUCCUGGUGUAACCCUGUGUAUUUGCAGAGUAAUGCUUUUAUGUAAGUGUGUUGCUUGGCUAGCUGGGUAGUUGGUAAAGAAACAAAACUUUUCCUCCACUUAGUCCCUUUGGUCAUAGAGUUUUAUCACAGCAGCAGAAAGGAACCAGAAUGAUGCGCUCACAUACAGCCAGUAUCACUAGUGAUCCAGCCCCAGGGGCCCCCCAAGCAGAGAAGACAGCAUCUCCAGUCCCCUCUGCUCUCACUGCCCUGCUGAGUCAGAGCAAGUUGGCUUUUCCACGAAGAUCCCUGGGUGAUUGACAUUAGAGUUUACUUCAACAUAUCAGUUCCUUAGUACAAUUAAAAAUAUAAUUUAAAAAUUCUUUAUUGUUAACAAUGUCAGGGCAAUAACAAUGUACAGGAUAAUGGAACUGGAGUUCAUAAAAGGGAAUAAAAAGUUUG